GCGGCAUCAGUUGGCCACCAGCGUCGGCCGGGAGCGAUUGUCGCCGCGCACUCCGCACUCCACACACACGAAUAAUUGCGAGCGAGCGCAACAAAAAAUAAUGCUGGACUGAGCGAGAGAGAGAGCGAGAGGAGCAGAGGAAAAGAAGAGCAGAGCAGCCAUGCACUGCGUGUGUGCCCAACAGGACGACGCGGACAGGAGCUCCGGCAGCGGCAACAACGGCGGCGGCGGCGGCAUCUGGGACCUGCUGCGCUGCCGGCGGAUGCGCAAGGGACACAAGUUCACCAUGCCCAAGGGCGAGAGGAGCAUGAAGGCGGCGAUUUUGAUACAAAAAUGGUACCGGCGCUACCUGGCGCGGAUGGAGGUGCGUAGGAGAUACACGUGGACCAUUUUCCAGUCGCUCGAGUACGCCGGCGAGCAGGACGAGGUGCAGCUGUACAACUUCUUCAAGACCCUGCUGGCCAAGGCGCCCACGACCAGCGGCCCCCUCAGCGUCACCGACCCUGGCCCUCCGCCCGACUCGGACGACCCUGAGGACGGAUUCGGCCCGGUCGAGCCAGGAUACAAAGGGCCCAGGGUCGAUUUUCCGCUCACCAAGCAGGGACUCGACAUCCUACUCACUUCCUUCAGACACAAAAAGCCGCAGCGCGUGCACGCGCACUACGCGUACCACAUAAUCAGGGACGCGACGGCCAUCCUGCGCCGGCUGCCCAACCUGAACCAGGCGAGCACGGCCGUCGGCAAGCAAAUCACUAUCUGCGGAGACCUGCACGGCAAGCUGCAGGACCUGCUCGUCAUACUGCACAAGAACGGACUGCCGUGCGCGGAAAACCCGUACGUGUUCAACGGCGACUUCGUGGACCGAGGCAAACGCUCGAUGGAGGUGCUGCUGCUGCUGUGCGCUCUGCUGAUCGUCUUCCCCGGCGCCGUCUUCCUCAACCGCGGCAACCACGAAGACAGAGCCAUCAACGUCAGGUAUGGAUUCAUAAGAGAAGUUCGGACGAAAUACAGGAUGCAAUCGGAGAGGCUUUUGCACCAAAUAGAGCGGCUGUAUCGGGCUCUACCCCUCGGAACGGUGGUGGACAGCCAGGUGUUGGUGGUGCACGGCGGCAUUUCCAACAAAACCGAUUUGCGGGAAGUCUGGACCCUGGACCGAUUCAAGCUAGCAUCUCUGAUGGAUCCCCCUCAAAGCGCAAAAGACAACCCAGAUGGGACGGAAGAAGACGAUACUCCAGAAAGACGAGCGUGGAGACAGGUUUUCGACAUCCUGUGGAGCGACCCACAAGUGGCGGACGGAUGCAGCCACAACACGCUGCGCGGGGCGGGCACCUACUUUGGUCCUGACGUGACGGAAGAGUUCCUGCGGAGGCACGACCUGCGGCUGCUGGUGCGAUCUCACGAGUGCAAGCUCGAAGGCUACGAGCUGGCCCACAACAAUAAGUGCAUCACCAUUUUCUCAGCGAGCGACUACUACGAAGUUGGCUCCAACAAGGGCGCUUAUGUCAAGCUCUCUGGCAAUCCUUUGACGCCCCAGUUCGUCCAGUUCCAGGUUAGUGCGGCCAAGGCCAACAAACGGCGUCUGACGUUUCGGCAGCGGGUUGGCCUGGUGGAGCGGUCGGCGCUGAAGAGUCUGGCGGCGACCAUCGAGGCGCGGCGCAUCGUCCUGGAAGCCGAGUUCAAGAACAGGGACCCGGAGUCGAAAGGCACAAUCUCGGUGAAAGAGUGGUGCGAGGCGAUGCAAAGCGGCACCGGCUUGUCAGUGCCCUGGAGGCUGCUGAGGGACCGUGUUUUAUCGCCGGCGGCCGCCGAGGAGGCGGCCAAGACGGGCUUGAUCAAAUACAGCGAGACGUUCUGCGGGCCGGGAUCGUCUGGAUGCUACGUGACUGAGGCCCUCUACAGGGACAAAAUGGCUCUGGAGUCGCUCUUCAGCGCCCUUGACACGGACCACUCAGGCACGAUUUCAAUGACUGAGCUGAAGCAGGCGUGCUCGCUGCUGCCGAACGACGGCUCCGAGCCUGGCCAGCUGUGCACGCGGCUGGCGCGCUGUCUCGACUUCAACCAGGACGGCAGGGUCGACCUGAACGAGUUCCUGGAGGCGUUCCGCCUGGUCGAGUCGAGACGGCCGGUCGAACCGAACGAAUCGCCGGACGAGGAGGACUAGUAUUCGGCCAAGACGAGAGACUGCACCUGGAAGGUGUGGAACUUCUCGCCCAAACUGAAGAGGAAGCAGCUCGAGGAGCGCAAGUGAGACAGCCGCCACACACGGACGGACAGACUCUUGAAUGGUUUUCACCUCUGUUGCACAUUCCGUCAGAUUCAUAUAUAUUAUACAUACUCAAAAAUAUAAAUACAAAAAAUGUGUAUGCCGAAAGAUUAUUAUACACGGCAUGGCGGCUUUUUCAUAAAUGUUCAAUUUAUUGUGGUUAUAUGAGAGAGAGUUUAUUAAAAGGAACACGCCGCCGCCGCUGCCGCCGCCGCCGCGUCUCGUUGGCAAAAUGGGAACAGGCUUUUGAUAAUGUCAUGCGAUAUGAAAAUUCCGCGUUUUGAGUGUGCUUCUCCCCGGAUAAGAAUAAAUCAAAAUUCAUGUCUUCGCAGCGCUUCAGGAAACACAAAAACAAACUGCUCUGUACCUUUCCAUUUUCUGUCCAGACUAAUCAAAAUAUACACGGUGAUAUUUGCCGUGACUAACGCAAAGAAAAUGUUGUGUCGUUGCUGGGAUUUUACACAAAACUUUGCUGGCAACUGAAUGGAACUAAAAUUAAAAUACCUUAUAUGCGCAUACUUUGCGGACGUUAAAAAAAGCCAAAUUUUCGUUUAGAAAUUGUUCCUUCCCGCAAAAUAGUCGGGAAAUACACUUAUUUCGACGACUAUGGAACCAAAUGCGUGUGCUCUAUUUUUGUUUUACGUUCAACGAAAAAAUUAUAAAUUAUUUGUGAAAAGAUAUUUAUUGUAUAAUUAUUAAAAAGCAAAAAUAAAGUGGCUCGAUCAGAUAUCCA